AAUUACUUAAAAAUAAUAUAUUUUAUUGCAAUUAACAAAUUUUCAACAACAGAUUUCUUAGUCAAAUCAUUCAGCAAAAAGAAACAGACUCGUAGCCAAAUAGUUUUUUAUAAUUCUAUAAUUAUAGUAAUGUUAGUCACAACCUUCUAGAAUUUUUUGACAGUAAGAUAACCUACAAGUCUGCGUUUUAGAUAAACAUUUUAAUAUUCAUAAUUGGAGUUUUCUGCGAAAACAAUGGCUGGUGAAGUUAUAGUCGACGCUUUGCCUUACAUCGACCAAGGUUACGAUGAACCCGGCGUCCGAGAAGCGGCAUUUGCGAUGGUUGAAGAAGAAUGCCGUCGCUACCGUCCCACUAAAAACUAUCUGGAACAUCUACCACCCCUCAACGUAUCAUCUUUUGAAACUCCUAUGAUUCACAAUGAGUUUGAGCGCUUGCAAAAUCGCCUUCCUAUGGACACCCUAUCUAUGAAACGAUAUGAGCUUCCUCCACCCCCUAGUGGCAAAUUAAACGAAGUGGGUGCAUGGCUGGAAUGUGUUGAUAAUUCACAAGCACAACUUGAACAUCAAGCUGUAAGAAUAUUAAAUUUGCAAUUGAUGUUGGAGUAUUGUUGUCCAGCUUGGCAAAGGUAUUUACAAACGUUAACGGAUUUGGAGAAGAUAGCGAGUAAGAAAUUGGCUGAUUUGAGACAAGCCUUGCAAGAAGUGAAUUGGCAGAGGAAAUCCUUACAGACCAAAGGCGGCGAGCAGUUGAAAAAUUUGGAAGCAAAAUGGGUAGCUCUGGUUUCACACAAUUAUGAAAUAGAGCAAGCGUGUUCUAUGGCUGAGGAGUAUUUAACACAAUUAAAACAAAAUCCGCUUUUGCAAAAGCAAAAUAAUCCAGAAACUUAAAUUAAAUUAAAUUUGAUGUAUUUUGUAAAUUAAGUAUUUAAGGAAUUUCUAAAUAAAAAUUAAAGUACCA